GCUAACUGAGACUUGUCUAACUGAGAAACCUCUCUAAGUGAGAGGAAUUUUCAGGUCCCGUCAUUUUUACAUGCAAAAACCUCCAUAAGUGCGAAUUUGUAACUGAGAAUCAUUUUUCUUGAUAAAACCUCUGUAACUGAGAGAAGCGCGCUUUUCAAACCUCUAUAACUGAGAAUCUUUUCUAUAUUAUAAUUUUCUAAAGGUCAAUAUGAAAAUAGGCAGUAAUUAAAAUUAAUUUUAAUUACUGCUUAUUUUCAUAUUAACAAAGGGUCUUUCUUCAAAAUACAAUUAUACCUAUCAGACAAAUUUAAAUUUAGUUUCAAAACGACUGUGACAAGAAGCGCUUGCGAAUCACAUAGUUUAUUUUUAAUAUUCAAAAUGUCAAAGAGUAAACUUAAAUCUUUUUCAUUAAGUGAAAAACUAAAAAUUAUAAAAGAGAUUGAAAGUGGAAAAAAACGAAGUGUAAUAGAAAGUGAAUUUAGUCUAUCAACUGCCACUUUCUAUAGAAUAUUAAAAGAAAAAGACUCUAUAAAAUCGCAGUGUUUUGAAGGUCGUGGAAAUAUGAAAAGAAAACGGUUAGUUGAAUUUCAUGAUCUGGAAAAUUGCCUUGUGGAGUGGAUUAAACAAACUUUAGAUAAAAAUAUCCCUUUGGAUGGGCCCUUGUUAAAAGGAAAGGCUCUAGAUUUUGCCAAAAAACUAGGAGUUCAGGAAUUUAGAGCAAGUAAUGGUUGGUUAGAUAAUUUUAAAAAACGACAUUCUGUAGUUUUUAAAAAAAUUGUUGGGGAAAGUAAAUCUGUCGAUCAGAAUGUAUGCGAUCAUUGGAUUGAAUAUUUGCCAACUCUUUUAAAAGAAUAUAACCCAGACAACAUCUACAACGCAGACGAGACCGGAUUAUUUUUCAAGUGCCUUCCGGAUAAAACAUUUACGUUUAAAGGACAAGAUUGCAAAGGAGGAAAACAAAGUAAAGAUCGCCUUACUGUUCUCCAUUGUGCCAAUAUGACAGGGACAAAAAAAUUGCCUCUUCUCUUAAUUGGAAAAUCAAAAAAACCUCGAUGUUUUAAAGGUGUAAAUACUCUACCCGUUGAGUAUCAAAGUAACAGAAAAGCUUGGAUGACGAGGCAAAUAUUUACGGAAUGGCUACAAAAAGUUGACAAAAAAAUGAAAAAUGAAAAAACAAAAAUUCUUCUCUUUGUAGACAACUGCACUGCCCACACGAAUUUGCCAGAAUUCAACAACGUAAAACUCGUUCUUUUGCCCGCUAAUACUACCAGCCAAUUGCAACCGUUGGAUCAGGGUAUUAUCCACGCUUUUAAACGCCAUUACCGAACACAAGUAGUCAAACAUGCUUUAAAAUGUAUCGAGGAGAAUAGUAACCAGGACAUAAAUGUACUUCAUGCUAUGAGAUUUGCUCGAAAAGCGUGGUUUGCCAUCACCGAUGUGACCAUAAAAAAUUGCUUUAAAAAAGCUGGUUUUUGGAAUGAAGAGGGAUAUGGACCAGAAGAAAGUCUCGUUGAAACUGUUCCUAGCAACGAAGAAUGGAACACACUUGUGGCUGACGAAACAAAUGUUAUAACAUUUGAGGAUUUUGUACGAGUUGACGACAACAUGCCUAUUGCAGAAGAGCUGACAGACGAUGACAUUAUUGCAAAUUGUAACAACAAUUUUGAUGAUGAUGAUUGUGAAGAAGUCGAGAAUUCAACCAUCGCAGAAGUUUCCAUUCCAAAACAACAAGAAGUUUUAAGUGCAUUAGAGACAAUUCACAGAUUUUUUGAAUUUUCGACGAAUAUUAAUGAAUCAGUUUUUGACAAAAUUUAUGAACUUGAACAUCAUGUUAAGAAUUGCACAACUAAAAAACAAACAGUAAUAACAGACUUUUUUCCUAAAGCUUAAUAACAAUUAAUAACAAUUAAUAACAAUUUUUAUUAAAUUUGUUAAAUAAAUAAUUAAAAGGAAUUUUUUAUUUCGUAAAAGUAAAACUUUAAUUAACAAAACCCUUACAAUGCCUCUAUCAGUGCAAUAACCUCAGUAAGUAAGACAAUCCGCUAUUCGACCUUCGUAAGUGAAAACCUGUCUUACUGAGAAACCUCUAUAAGUGAGAAAAUUUUUUCGGUCCCUUGGAUUCUCAGUUAUCGA